AUGCUGCAAAGUAGUCUCGGACAAGCGCAGCGCUUUAAAAAGCGUGAACGCACACAGAACUGGGCUUACGAGGAGAAACAUUUUCUGCUCGAACUUUGCCGCAAGGAUAUGCACAUCAUUGAGAACAAGCGGCUCGACAGUGCACUAACGACGCUGAAGAACCGUGCGUGGAAGAUCAUCCACCAGCAGUUUGCGAUCGCGUUCGGCACUGACCGGAACUGCAACCGGCUGAAAGAGCAGUGGCGUCGCAUGAAGGCUUGCACGCGGGCCGAAAUGCUCGAUUAUCAACAGCGAAUACAGCGCUUCGGACAGGAGGUGGCUGAUCGCAAGAAGCCAAGCCAGUUCACGUUCGAAAUCUGGGAGUUUAUGCAGGAAGCGAAGAAGGUCUGCAAGAAUGAAUUAAUGGACGAUGUUGACUACUCCAAGAUGAAGCUGUCGCUCGAGGAAAAUCUUCCGCAGGGUGUUUCGAUAAAGGACUGCAGCGAUGAAAAUGACGACGAGAGUUCCUCCAUGUGGGAUAAGAACUCACAAAACAUUUGCGAGGUUCAAAUCAAGGAGGAUUCGCACGACGAAUUGGAUGAAUACGAUAAGGGACCGGCGACCAAGUACCCCCGAUUGCGGGGACUUUCGAGCACUUCGUCACCCUUCGGAACGGGUUCUUCCGCAGCGGAUGCAGCCCACAGCCGGUUCAGCGAGCUACUAGCGUCCAGCUUUGCGAACCGUCUGGCCAACAGCGAUCAUCAUCAUCUUAGCAGUACCGGUGGAUCCGGAAGCAAUCACAAUAACAACAAUAACAACAAUACCGCCAGUGGCAACAAACUGCUCGAAAGUCUUGACGCGUUCAACCGGACAGCUUUCGGCAGUGAAUCAAGCCUAGCCGAUCUGACUGCUCACGGAGGUGCGGCAAACGCAAAUCUGUCACAGACGGAUCUGAGCAACACCCUCGAGGCGCUGAACCUACUUAAGAAUCGUUUCAACCGUAUGAGCGAGCUAGGCCACUGGAAGAAUGCUUUCCAGGAGGCACACAACCUCAGCACGGUAAACCACCAUCAGCCACCGGAUUCACCGACCGGAGUAGGACACAGUGCGGCGGCCAACCAUCUACUACAGGGUCUCGCAAACGGAGCCAAUGGUGCGCACCUGCACGAUGAUGAGCACGACGGUGGUGCACAUCCCGGCACCGACUCACCACUGCUGACCGGCAGAAGUGCAAACGCCGGUCUGAAGAAGUUGCUCGAGUCGCAACACCAGAGUGAGCACGAGUUGCGCAUGCAGAUACUGAAAACUGAACUAGAAACAGCUAAACUGAACAAAGAAACGGCCGAACUGAACCGACAGUUGGCACUACAGAAACUCCGAAGGGGCGACAGUACCGGUAACAGUGUAGGUGACGUUAUCAAUCACUCCGACCGAAGAGAUGAAGACGAUCCGGAUGCGAUGGACGACAAUACCUCCAACUCGACCGUACUCGAAGGCAGAUUGGUUGUCCGAUCGUUAUCAUCUUUGGAAGCACCGGCCGCCCCACUACCACCCUCCGUUCCAUCUUCACCGUCGUUGUCCUUAAAAGGGUCCAAAAUCGAGUAG